CCAGCCAGGACGUGGUACUUCGCCAAGUCGGUCCUCUCAUCUCUCCCUACAUAGCAAGCACAGAGGAAGUCUCGCGUUGCUGGCUUUUUCUCUCUACCUCCCCUCCUCCUUCCUCCACUCCCUUCCCCUCUCUAUCUCAUUUCUGUCUCACUCUCUCUUUUCUGAGCGUGUGAGAGACUCGGUGACUGUAUCUCCUCCCGAACCAAACUCGAAGCGUUGCAGUCAUUGAAAACAGGCGAUACACUCCCUGCUCAACAACAUGGCUACUAUCGUUACCUCGACCCGGUUUACAGAUGAAUACCAACUAUACGAAGAACUCGGGAAGGGUGCAUUCUCCGUGGUUCGCAGAUGUGUGAAGAAAUCUACCGGCCAGGAAUAUGCAGCUAAGAUUAUCAACACUAAAAAACUUUCGGCAAGAGAUCACCAGAAGCUGGAUCGAGAGGCGCGAAUCUGCCGUCUCCUGAAGCACCCCAACAUUGUGCGACUCCACGACAGCAUCUCUGAAGAGGGAUUUCAUUACCUCCUCUUUGACCUUGUGACUGGUGGCGAGCUGUUCGAGGAUAUCGUUGCUAGGGAGUACUACAGCGAGGCGGAUGCAAGCCAGUGUAUUAACCAGAUCCUGGAGAGUGUCAAUCACAUCCACCAGCAUGACAUCGUGCACAGGGACCUCAAGCCUGAGAACCUGCUCCUGGCUAGCAAGAUGAAGGGGGCGGCAGUGAAGCUCGCUGAUUUCGGACUGGCCAUCGAGGUGCAGGGAGAGCAGCAGGCCUGGUUUGGUUUCGCAGGCACCCCUGGCUACCUCUCCCCCGAGGUCCUUCGGAAGGACCCCUACGGCAAGCCAGUGGAUAUCUGGGCGUGCGGUGUGGUCCUGUACAUUCUGCUGGUGGGCUACCCUCCCUUCUGGGAUGAAGAUCAGCAUAAACUGUACCAGCAGAUCAAGGCAGGAGCCUACGAUUUCCCCUCGCCAGAGUGGGACACAGUGACGCCUGAGGCCAAGAACCUCAUCAACCAGAUGCUGACCAUCAACCCAGCCAAGAGGAUCACUGCUGACCAGGCCCUGAAGCACCCCUGGGUCUGCCAACGCUCCACCGUGGCGUCCAUGAUGCACCGCCAGGAGACUGUAGAGUGUCUGCGCAAGUUCAACGCACGAAGGAAACUCAAGGGAGCGAUCCUUACCACCAUGCUGGUCUCAAGAAACUUUUCAGUUGGCAGGCAGAGUACCAGCCCUGCCGCCGCCACCACCAGCACUGCGGCGCUGGCAGAGCAAGCUGCAAAAAGCUUACUAAACAAAAAAUCAGAUGGCGUGAAGCCACAGACAAACAACACUAAAAACAGUACAGUAAGCAGCAGCAAAGACAGCAGCAUUUCAUCUUCAGCACCAAUGGAGCCACAGACCACUGUUGUGCACAACCCAGCUGACGGCAUCAAGGGAUCCACGGAGAGCUGCAACACAACAGAAGAGGAAGACAUGAAAGUGUCUGUCUGUGGCACUAGCAACGACAGUGCGGUGGUGAGCCAGUGCAGUGCCGUGACUGAGGACCUGACAGUGCAGGUGGGAUCCCCUCAGUGUCCGCCAGCCACUGGCCUGCUGCAUGAAGUAAAACGCAUUGCUUGGAACAGUUCAGGACAGGUCUCUGAUUUAGAGCAUGCUUUUUCCAUAGCCUCCUCCUCCACGCCCCUAGGUGGCAGCACCGUGCAGCAGUCUCGCAAGCAGGAGAUAAUCAAGAUCACAGAGCAGCUGAUUGAAGCCAUCAACAAUGGAGACUUUGAGGCUUACACGAGAAUCUGUGACCCCGGGCUGACCUCGUUCGAACCCGAGGCUCUUGGAAACCUGGUGGAGGGGAUGGAUUUCCAUAAGUUCUACUUUGAAAACUUGUUGAGUAAGAACAGCAAGCCGGUCCACACCACCAUCCUGAACCCUCACGUUCACCUGAUCGGAGAGGAUGCGGCCUGCAUUGCGUAUAUCCGGCUGACGCAGUACAUCGACACCCAGGGCCGGCCACGCAGCAGCCAGUCCGAGGAGACGCGCGUGUGGCACCGUCGCGAUGCCAAGUGGCUCAACGUGCACUUCCACUGCUCUGGGGCCCCAGCUGCUCCACUACAGUGAACUCUGAGAGCACGGCUCGCUUGGAUUCCAAAGCUGAAUGGAGCGUUUCUUCUCCGUGGUCGGAUUGGCGCCGGGGAGCCCGGACGGAGGAGACCUCUCGAAGUUUAAAAAAAUUACAAAAAACAACAAACAAGUCCAACCCUAGCUAGACGUUCCGAGCGCGCCCGCUGCCGCGGCCCUGCUCUCGGGAUGGUGCAUGCUUCUGACGCCCACACGGCGGCUGCUGUUUUCUUGUCGUUUUCCAUGGAUCCAUCUUUUUUGCCCGUUUUAUGCUGUCCAGAAGGUGUUUUUAAACAAAAAAAAAAUACAAAAAAAAUAAUUUAAUUAUAUAUAAAAAAAAAAAAUGAAUACAAAAAGAUACGUUUAAAAAAAAAAAAAAAAAAAUUAUAUAAGAACACGUAACAGUCAAAGUCGGUGAUUGCAUUGAAACGCAAAAAAAAAUGAUUGCACACCCUAGUUCAGUGGGUGCGUCUUGCGUUUCUUUUAUUUUGACAUGAAAUAAGUCAACAGAGCAAGAAGGGAAGGUGGGGAUUGAACUAGAAUAUAUAUAUAUAUAUAUACACACACACACAUUUAAAGCACCAAAGUGUAGACUUCCGCAUCAAUGAAAUUGUUUUAGCGUUGUUUUUGUUUCUUGGGAGAGGGGGUGGGUGGAAGGGUAUGGAUUUUAGUAUUCUCUUGUGUUCUUGUGGAACUCUUGAUUUUUACUCUCAAUGAAGCGAAGUUUACGAGAACCUGUAUUUGAAAUGUAUUUUGUUUUUUAAAGUGAAUGAAGUAAAUAGGGUUUUUUUUUUACAGUGAAAAUGAAUUUCACUUCUGAGUUUUGGGGCAGGGGUUCAGUGUGUGCUUCCUCAUCCCCAAAAACCAGGCCCCAUUGCUCUGUUAGAAUUUGAAAUAAAUAAGUACAAAUAAUGCACAAACAAGGCGUCUCCAGCUGGCUAUGCAGGAGAGACUGGCGCUCUGUUUUCAUCUGCACUUCCGGCUUCACAAACAUUUCGAAUCACUUUUUUAUCUGAAGUUGUGGAACACGUUCAGUAGAUGUCAGUAUUCAAAAGCAGUACAGCAAACCAGUUUCAGAUGAUAGGCCUCCAAGAGAAAGGCAAUACUGAGAUAAUUAGGUGACGUUAAACACUGCAAAGUGCAUUUUCAUCUCUUUGUCUCCUCAACACUUAUGCCACGCACCACUGCGUCCAAAACAAAUUUGUUUUUUUUGAAGAGGUUGCCUGUUCUAUUCACCAGACUCCAAUGCAGAAGGGCAAUUGAAUUUAGUGGGGUCAUACUCCACAAUAUGAGAGAGUGAGAUUUAGAACAGCUCCGACCACUAGAUGUGUCGCCCUCUCUCCCUCCCAGACCCUCCAUCGAACUGUCCAACAACCACUAGACCUCACGCCCGCCAUCACUCGCUGUCCCUCGUCUUUAAUGACUAGGCCACACAGAAUCCUAAACUCUGUCCUCGAGCUAUAGCCAUAAGAACAUACUGCUUCCCUCCCAGUCCUUCGGCUUUAACUACCGGGCUGCGCUGCCUUGAAAAUGGUGAGACUGGUCUGCUGUACAUUUUUGAAUAUUAAAACCUGGCUUCCACAACCUCAGUUCAGUACGUUCUGCGCUGUUUUCUCAGGGGCCUGCACUGCGCAUUAAGGAAAAGCAGGACUCCACCUGUAAUGCACAGCCAUUUCGGGCACCAAAACCAUAAUCAUGCAAUACAUUGAUCUUUUCAUUUUCUAGCAGCUGAAGUGACGUGAGGUUAGUCUUGCCUAUCACCAGCUGUUUACAUGGUAUUAGGUUCUUUCACUUAACAGGACAGUCCCGGGUCACCUGGCUGGUUAAAUGAAUAACAUUAUUUGUUAAUGCUUUAUAGUGCAUGACAUAAAUUAAUAUUAAAUAGAUGUGCAAUUGCAUAUUAAAUGUGUUAAAUUUAAUAGAUAUGCAAUUGAUAUUAAAUUUACAUUCAAUUAUUCCUUGUUACUUUCCAUUAACAUUUAAGUCAGAUUAACUAUUUUCAAUUAAAAACAUGCAAACAAUGGGAAAUUAUUACAUAUUUUCAAAGAUAACAAAAUGUAAUAUAAAUGGACGUGAUAUGCAAUUAAUCGACAUUUGGUUAACAUUUAGCAAGUAACCAGCUAUUGCAUAUUUAUUAAAUAUUAAUUUAAUAUGCAAUUGCAUGUCUAUUUAAUAUUAAUUUCUGCCACACAAUAUAAAGUGUUAUCCAUUAUUUUAGUGGAAGGAUUAAGCAAAGCAAACCAGUGCUCUGGGAAACCUUGGCAAAUUUCAAAUAGAAUAAAUCAGAAUGAAAGGGCGUCUCUGCCCCCCUGAUUCUGUCAGGAGCGUCCCAGGGUGGAAGGGCAGGGGAGAGCAGUGGAGGCUCCAGUGAAGAGCUGGCUGUGGUGAUGACUAUCCUGGGAAAUUGAAGUUGCAGUGCUUGUUCUAAUUGUUAUUCAUAUUCAUGUUAGUAGUAGGCCUAGUAAAAUGAUGUAUUAUUUAAAUGUAAAUAAAAUUGUAGUCACGUUGUAGAUGUUGGCGCUCCGUUUUGAGCUCACAUCCAGACUCUCUGAGUUUCAGGAAAGGGAUAGCGAGGCAAAGAUUUCAGCCGAGGCUGCAUCCGAGUUCUCCCGUUCCUGAUACAAAUGCACAUCGUAAGGCUAUGAAGACCCCUUUAGCAGAGCAUACAUAUGCUGAAAUCCCAAUUCAGCGUAAAAUCAACCAUUAUUCUUACUAUAAUUACAAUUAAAAUAUAAUAUUCAGUGUGACUGACUUUGCGAUUCCAUAAUCUUCAAAGUUUGCUCUGGAGUCAGUUCUUGGAAGAAAUUCCAAACAAAGUCUGAUAAUAUUGAAAUGGGAAGUGAAGCUGACUGUUAUACCCAAAAGCAAAGCUCCCUUUAAGCAUAUCUGUAUAUUUCUCUAUGUAUCUAGGUACCUACAGUUUGUAUUGCCUCACUCCCUAUAAAUAAUGACAGAAGCUAUUGAAGUACUCUAGUUUCACCAUGUUUAUAAAAGUGAAGAGGUUUAAUUUGUAUGAAUUGUAAAUGGUGGGCUAAAGGAGGGAACAUGCCCUACAUACUCCAUCAUGCUAUGCCACGUACAUCAUGUCACGUUUUAAUAAUGGGCAGAAAAUUACGAUUUCAGAGCAGUAACAAUGUCAUUACAGUAUACCACCACAAGGUAGCAUCAAAUUCCCAUUGGAUCAAAACAAAAAAUUAUGUAAAGGGGACAUACCCUGUUUUUGUUCCCACAAUUACUAUAUUUCGUGUGUACUAAACCAUAGCGCUGUAAGCACCAUGCACCGUUGGGCUAUGUAACAUAUCAACACCAUGGCACUGUGUCUCAUACAUACACCAUGAUGCUACUGUAUGGGUUAAAUACUGUAGAAUAUGGGAUGUUUAUUUUGGGGUUGCGUUGUUGGGACAGACUACCAUGCCUUGCCAAGCUGAUUGUGUGCGUAUAUAGCCAGGGAUAUUCAGUACAAGAUUGCAAUCCACAACACAGUUUACUAGGGGGAGGGGGGAGACCCUAAAUGAAGCGAUGGACAGUAUACCCACGAUGGCACAAAAAAAACAACUAGCUGGAAGGGACAGCCUUGUCAACUUAUCAAAAAAAACAACAAAUAUUUCAAGAAAACAAACCAAAACUCCACAAAAUGUACAAACUAUAUAUGCAGUUUUACAGAAGAAGAAGUUAUGCAUGUCCACUUUCUGGUAAAUAUUUUUCACUGUCUGUGUUUAACUUGAUGAAAAGUUCAAAUCUAUAUGAAACUUUAGUUGCAUCUUUGAGGUAAAUGAAAACUGCUCCGUCUCGGAUGUAAUAAAUAAGUGAUGUACCACAUUUAAAAAAUGUAACAGAAGCCUCAACUUGAUCUGUUCCCAUCCUUAUUAGUACAUGUACUGCAUUGUAACCGCAUAAUAUGGGGCUAAAUAGAAAUAUACUCUGAGUUUUAAAAGACGCAUUGGAUGCUGGAUUUUGCAUGAACAUAUAAUUAAGAAACCAUGAACUUCAAACUAUCCAGUGUUUGUUUGAAUGUUAGUAGGUCUUCGUCAUAGCUUUGUUAUUAUUGAAACUUGAUCUGAAAGUAUUUAAUAAAACCCACAUUUCAAACAGCG